AUGUGCUCGCUGGAGACACUGCUGUGCUCACCGGCGGACCUCAUCGCCGAGUGCCCCGUCAUCGGCCCCAGCGAUGUGCGUCUGGUGGCCGCCAAUUUCGAGGCCAUCCUGAAUAAGUGUCUUUACUGUGUCCGCCUUAAGUUGCCAACCCCAUUAAGGGUGCUGCUCACCAUCAUUGGUGACGCCGGUGAGCUUCAGGCGAAUAAAGUGUGCUUGGCUCUGCUGCAGCCCACUGAGGAGGGCACGUGUGUGGAUGUCUUCUGCGACUUGGCGGCACAGCUGCUGGGGCGUCGAGCCGCAGUCCUUCGCCUGCAGUUCGACGUCGAGGUGCUCUUCCAGGUUAUGCAGCUUUUUUGCUGCGCCGCGUCACUCAAGGACCGGCUCGGUGCACGCCUUGGCGAGGUGCUGCUCGGCUUUAUGAGGGACACUGACAUGCAUGCCGACGACUACCGCGUGCCACGCAACUGCUGCGGCGCCCUCAUCUCUCUUCUGCGCGGAUCGCGGGAGAACAAAAAUCGCUUUGGCCCGGAGUGCGCCACGAUCGCCGCCUGCCUCGACGCCUCCAGUGACUUUUUCUUUCAGAUGCAGUGCGUCGAGGUGCUCUACCGGCUGUACAAGCACCGGAGCUCAUUCCUCACCCAGGCGGCAACACCAGCUGCGCUCACAUCAGUAUCCUCGGCGCCGGCCAACGAGAGGACGGCGAGUGUGGCCCUCCAUUCAUAUCUUCUCCGAGGCAUUGAGGGGCUGCCCAACGACAGCACACUUCUGCACUGCAUUCAUCAGCUGCUGGACAACUACAACAGUGAUGUGCACCCAGACAAGAUCAGACCGUUUGCGGUGCUGCAUAUUGACGUAGCGGGCGUGACGGUGGCACGCGCGACAACGCUGUACUUCUCGCCGCUGUUGUUAGUCGCUCGGCUUCCCGACAACAGUAGCAGCAGCAGCGGGGGCAACUACCUCACAAUCCCCUUCGAGCACGUCCGCUCCGUCAAGCUGACGAAGGACCACAAGCUCGAGCUGCGCCUCUAUGUCAUUCCAGCAAAACUGUCGCAUGUGAUGAGCGUCACCCAGGACGGGAUGGACAAGCUUCAUGUUUCGAUGACCCGUGCCACAAUGCGCGAGCUGCGCACUUCUGUCGUGCAUCAGUGGGUAGCGGAGCGGAAGCGCACGGCGCCGCGCCGCGUGGUGGCGCCGGUACCCACUGAUGCACGCCAGAGGGAGGCGGCAAGAGCAGUUCACACCUUACCCGCCCCCUCUUCAACCCCACCCACACCGCCGUCGUCGUCCCAGACCAGCAGCCGUAUAGGGUCCACCAUGCGUCCGCCGCUGACAGCGACCAUUACGGAGCGGCCGGUGAACACGCUUCAGGGCGGCGACAUGGAGAAUCAGCAGCAGCCCCCUGCGUGUGGCAAGUUGCAGCCCCCGCAGUGCUGUGAGGCGGUCCAGCAGCGGCAGGCUCAGCACGAGCUGGGCGGUCCAGCACGCAUGAGCCGCAGCAGUGACUACGCCGCCGCGGACGAGGAGGCAGGGGAGCAGUGCAAGCGUUCGUGCCUGGCAGAGGUGCACCAUGCUGCCUCGGUCAAGGCGAUGCGGUACCGGGAGGAGCAGCACGAGGCGCUCCAACACGCCGUGGACUCGGCGAAAGAAGCGUUGGAGGAGCUGCAUCGCUGGAGCGCGCGAGAGCGUGACCAGUACGAGGCGCGCUUCCGCGAAGACAUGGAAGUGAUUCGACGGUCGGAAGCAGUGCUGAAGGAAAGCGCCACGGACUGUGUGCAGGCGUUGAACACUGAACUGGAGGAUGUGCAGGCGCUCGGUGCUCUUCUCAAGGGCGAGGUGGAGAAGCUGCGAGAGCGACUCGCCAAGUCGCUUGGGAAGUCAGAGGGCAUCGAAGAGGCUCUCCUGGCGCGAAUCAAACAGACCGUCGAUGCCCAGAUGCGCAGCAUGGAGGAGACGAUGCUCUCGGUGGGCUUGUCAGCCUCCUCCCCCGCCGGUGUCGGUAGCGGUGCGAUUGGCGCCGUCUCACAGUACAUCACAGAACACAUGCAGGCCAUCAGCAGUGGCGCGGUGGUGGUGGGCACUGCUGGUGCUCGUCCGAGUACUGCCGCGGCAGGGAGUGCUGUCAGAUCCGCUGGGAGAGGCACCCGUAACGGACGAGCUGAGAAAGUGCAGCAUCCACAGCAGCCGCAGCCACUAAAGGAGCGUCGCCUAGACUUCUCCUGA